CUACUUGUUAGAGCCAUUAUUGAUGUUAGUGAUGGUAAGCUUGUUCUUAGGGUCGGGGAUGAAGAGGAAAUUAUAUAUGAUGAUCCAUUGGAGCUGUGUAUCAUUCAAGGUGAGGAGAAUGAUGGGGAUAACCCCAUUAGAGUUGAGCAAGUAGCUUGUCCGGAAGCUACCGAGUUCAUGAUUCGAAAGAAGGAGUUUGAGGAGAUUGACAAAAGUAAGGAAAAGAGAUUAAACCCUCUAUUGAGGAUCCGCCUAGUUUGGAAUUGA